AUGGGGGAGUCGGCGUAUUCCUUCAGCCUCACCACCUUCAGCCCCAGCGGUAAGCUGGUCCAGAUCGAGUAUGCGUUGGCGGCGGUGAACGCGGGCGCCACAAGCCUGGGCAUCCGCGCCACCGACGGCGUGGUGCUGGCCACCGAGAAGAAGCUGCCCAGCAUCCUGGUGGACGAGAGCACGGUGCAGAAGAUCAGCCUGCUGACGCCCAACGUGGGCAUGACUUACAGUGGCAUGGGCCCGGACUCGCGCGUGCUUGUGCGCAAGGCUCGCAAGUCGGGGCAGGUGUACUACCGGCAAUACCACGAGCAAAUACCCGUCGCGCAGCUGUGCAGAGAGACGGCAGCAGUGAUGCAAGAGUUCACACAGUCAGGCGGCGUGCGGCCGUUUGGCGUGUCACUGCUGAUGGCGGGGUAUGAUGACAAUGGGCCGCAGCUGUACCAGAUCGAUCCCUCCGGCUCCUACUUUGCGUGGAAGGCAUCAGCCAUUGGCAAGAACAUGGUGAAUGCCAAGACGUUCCUGGAGAAGCGGUACAGCGAGGACAUGGAGCUGGAGGAUGCCAUCCACACCGCGUUGCUGACGCUCAAGGAGGGGUUCGAGGGCGAGCUGUCUGGCGACAACAUUGAGGUGGCUGUGGUUGGCGAGGACCGCAAGUUCCGGGUGCUGACGCCGGCAGAGGUGCAGGACUACUUGCAAGAAGUGGAGUGA